AUGCCCAAGCCUGGACCAGUGAAAUUCGAGGAUGUGGUUGUGAUUUUCACUGAGGCAGAGUGGAAGAGACUGAGCCUUGAGCAGAGGAACCUAUACAAAGAAGUGAUGCUGGAGAAUUUUAGGAAUCUAGUGCUGUUGGAUUCAAAGCCAGAAGUCCAUCCCUGGCCCCUUUGCUUCUGCCCUCUGGCCUUUGACGGUCAGCAAUUUCUCAGCCACCAUGAGCUCUGCAGUCAUCUUAUUCCAUAUUCAUAUGCAGGAAAUCAACUCCAACCAGGGGAUCCUUGCCCAAAUGACCACCAGCAGCGGCAGCAACAACAUUCUGAUAAAAACCACUGGGGGGCCAAAGCAGAAGAUCAAGGAAUGGGAUCUACACCUUUGUUUUGGAGUACAAAUGAGAAGGGGACUUAAGUGGUUUUCUCUAGCCCACCCCAGGGACCACCAGUAAGCUCUCAGGGAGGCAACAAAGUGUUGAAGGUACAGCUCAGUCCAGCCCAGCGGGUAAGCUCUGGGGAAGCAGACAACAUUCCUGAGAGGGUAGAACUCUCAGGAUUUGGAGCAGUCAGGUAGAGGUGUGGACUAGGUUUUAGCCAGAAGUCAAACCUCUUCAGACACAGGCUGUCACGAAUGGAGAUAUCUCCUGUGCAGAAAGUGUGGGUGAAGCUUUAGCAGGAAGUCACAUCUCAACAGACCUCAGAGGACACACGGGGGAAAAGCCUUAUAUAUGUGGGGAGUUGUGGGCAAGGCUUUAUAGAUGUCACCCCUCUACAACCACCAGAGUACACACUCAGGUGAGAAGCUUUAUGUAUGCAGGGAAGUGUGGGCAAGCUUUUAGCCACAAGUCACACACACACAAGGGAGAAGCCCUUUGCAUGAUAUGUGGGCGAGGCAUUAGUGAAAAGUCGGACGUCAUUAAGCACCAGAGGAUUCACACAGGGGAUAAGCCUUAUGUGUGCAGGAACUGUAGCCAAGGCUUUAGGGUGAAAUCACACCUCAUCACACACCACAGGACACGUUCAGAUGAGAAGCCUUUUGUUUGCAGGGAGUGUGGGUGGGGUGUUAGCCACAAGAUAAUCCUAAACACACACCAGAGGACACCCACAGGAGAGAAGCCUUACGAGUUGCAGGGUAUGUGGGCGAGACUUCAGCCACAAGUCAGCUCUCAGCAUGCAUCAGAGGGUGCACUCAGGGGAAAAGUCUUAUGUGUGCAGGGAAUGUGGGCAAGGCUUUAGCCAUAAGUCAGCCCUCAUCAGACACCAGAGAACACACUCAGGGAAAAGCCUUAGGUGUGCGAGGAGUGAGGGUAUGACUUUAGCAACAAGUCAGUUGUCAGCCACAUCAGAGGGCACAGUCAAGGGAGAAGCCUUGAUUGUGAGGUAGUGUGGGUGAGGCUUUAGCUGGACAUCACUUCUUAUCACAGAGCAGAGGACAUGCUCAGGGAGAAGCCUGACAGGGAGUGAGGGUAAGGUGUUAGCUAGAGGUGACCUCAUAAGAAACACUGGGAGUCAAAUCUCUCCACCAUCCAUUACCACCCUGCUAGAGCUCUGCGAGGGCUUCAGGGACAGUCUUCUGACCCCUUACACCCUCUGUGAGUAUGAAGAUGGCAGAGGUCUAGCCUCUGAGAACAGAGGUACCAAGUGACGGUCCUCUUGGAGAAGUGGUCUUUGCUUCUACCUACUUCCUUCUUCAGCUGUGUCCUUCUAUUGGCUUCUAUGACUCUUUCCUGUUCUAUUUUUGUCUACAUCUCUAGCCUUUGAUGCAUCCUCUUUUUUUUUUUUUAACAUCUUUAUUGGGGUAUAAUUGCUUUACA